UUGGGGCCCCCCUGGAAGCAUUUUGUAUUCUGGGCCCAGGACAUAUGCCACAGAAAUGACAGUUUGGGGAAAAGUUAGGAUUGUUCUUGCUCCCGGAAAGUAGCCGUAAUUUUCCAUUCACUUCAUUGCGAUAAACAAUCGAAAGCAUGGAAAAUAAAAUGGCGUCGCAGGUCGAGAAGAUCAAAGUGUAUGUGUCUACUGUUCCAGGUUUAGAAUUCCUAUGUGUGUCAGAUUGCGAGGAAGUGUUCCAAACUAGGGCUAAAAAAGAAGGAAGAGGGAGAGUUUCCUUUGAAAGUGAUGUACAACAACUAGAUAAACUAUGUAAUCUAAGGUCUGUCCAUCACUAUUGGGUUGAAGUGUUUCAGACGUCGUCUGCAUGGGGUGACGCCUGCUGCAAAGAAGACAUUUUAAAAGCCUUGGAGAUAUUUACAGAUAGUCUCGAUUGGGAAAAAUCACUGCGUGCUUUUAAUCAUUUCAAAAAUAAAACACAUAGGCCGAGUGAAUGGAAAAUAAUUGAGCCUAAACGCUCUAAUGGCGAGGACGCACCCCCUCAGUCUGAAGUGAAAUUUCGUGUUACGUGCAGUAGAAAUGGAAAGCACUGUUUUACAUCAAUGGAAGCUGCAAAGUAUAUUGGCUCUGGUGUAAAAAGUUAUUUCAACUGGCAAGUUGACCUUGAAGACUUUGAUAUUGAAAUUUUGGCAUUUAUCAAUGAAAUGGAAGUAACUAUUGCCAUCAAGAUUUCAUCUGAAAGCAAGCAUAACAGAAACGUUUCAUUUUUUGGUCCAACAACAUUGAGAGCGACAACAUCAUACUGUUUAUUAAAGCUAGCAGGAACCAAAAGAGGUGAUAUCAUAUGUGAUCCUAUGUGUGGUACAGCUUCAAUUUGCCUUGAAGGAGUGAACAGUUUCCCUUUCUCGUUCCAUCUUGGCGGAGAGAUUCACCCUGAUGGAUGCCACAAUGCUGCAAACAAUAUUGAUUACUUUUGCAAAGUCAAAGCAGAAACCAAUGGCAGUAUGACAUUACCUUGUAAUAUCAAUGUGAUUGCAGGUGAUAUCAUAUGUGAUCCUAUGUGUGGUACAGCUUCAAUUUGCCUUGAAGGAGUGAACAGUUUCCCUUUCUCGUUCCAUCUUGGCGGAGAGAUUCACCCUGAUGGAUGCCACAAUGCUGCAAACAAUAUUGAUUACUUUUGCAAAGUCAAAGCAGAAACCAAUGGCAGUAUGACAUUACCUUGUAAUAUCAUACAGUGGAAUGCAUGUCAUCUACCGUUACGAGAUGGACUGGUGGAUGCAAUUGUUUCAGACCUACCUUUUGGCAAGCGCAUUGGCUAUAGAGGACAAAAUUUUGCGCUGUAUCCUGCACUUUUAAAGGAGUUUGGCAGGGUUUGCAGACCAAAAGGCAAAGCAGUUUUGCUCACACAGCAUAAAUCUGCAAUGAAUAAGUCUCUCCUUGCUUGUAACCAUAUCUGGAAAAAGCAGUCAACAUUUUUCAUUAAUAUGGGCGGGCUUAACGUUGCUAUUUAUGUUCUUAAGAAAAUAUUCUAGACCUAAUUCGUACUUAACUGACCUUAUGAACUGAACCAAGUACGCCAUUGGUUAAAUCAGGAGGCUCAUUAAAUAAAAUUGGUACAAAAACAUGUUAGAUUUAAUUCUAACAAUCAGAACCCUGACUACACAUUCAGCUCUAAUCCAUAGUCCUAAUCCAACUUUAACGUUUUCGCAAAUAGUACAUAAACCAAAAUUUCUAUUUCAAGAGCACCGCAACUUUUAAUUACUCCAAAUAGUACUAUUUUAAUUCACUCUUGUUGAUAUAACAGACGUGUCAAAUGCCCGAAACUAACGAGAAAAAACUCAACACUGCUUUUAAGGAAAGGUGCUGUUGUUGCGAAGACACUUACAUCUUCGAAAAAUGUAGUUAUUGUAAACAACCCUCCCAUGUAAAAUGCGCACAAAUCUCAACAGAGGCCUAUGCACGCUUAAGCUUGGAAAACAAAGAAUGGAUCUGUACGAAGUGUAUUUCAAUGCAAACCAGUGUAAACCAAUGCCGUUUUUUAACGUUGUUGACACAGACCAUGACAAUACUUCUGAUUCUUCUCACACAUAAUUAUUUGAAAGCCUCCAAAUGUACCAAUCUGUAACCACUGACUCUGUUUUAGAUAAAAUUCCAUGUCACCAAUUUUCAACAGAUGAUUUUGAUGAUUGAUGACAUGAUCACCUCGAAAUACUACCCUCCCCACGAAUUCAAGCAGGCAUGACUAGAUAAACGUUUUUUUACCAACGUUUCACAUUAAUAUUACUAUAUAAUAUUAAUAUUACAUAUGAAUAUUACUAUCACUACCAGACUCACUAUAUAUAAAAUAUAAAAUAGAGAGUCUGGUCUAGUGCGCCCCAUUCUCGUUCUGGUGUACUGAUAUUAACCAAUCAGGAGCGAAUGUACAUAUUUCUGUACGUUAGGUCACAGCUAAACAAUAAACGUAGCUCUGGUGUGAAACAUUGAACAAAACAGAACACAACACAAACUAACGAUGGCGACCGUAAGGAUUGAGUUUGAAGAAGCUGUUAAAACCGUACUCAAAGAAUAUUUUCCGCGCGCUGUGAAACUUAAAACCGAACAGUUAACGGCAUUAAAAACGUUGUUUGUAGAGAGAAGAGACACCGCCAUAUUCACCGUAUUGCCAACUGGCUUUGGAAAGUCUAUGAUCUUUCAGGCAGGGCCUCUCAUUGCAAAGAAAUUAGGCCUUGUGGGGAACCUGUAGUAAUUGCAGUAUCGCCUUUAUUGGCUGUCAUGGACAUCCAGUUCUCGCAGCCACUUGAAAACCUCCUCUGGGGUGUUUUGGGUUGUGAACCACAGGGAGAGGUACACCUUGCAUAUCCGGAAAGGUGUUUACAUUAAAGAACAAUAGCAUCAUUACGCGCAUGCUCAACUUUUCAAAGUGUAUGCAUCUUUUGAGACUCUAUUGUUUUUUGCAGAUUGGUUUUGUCCUGCCUUUUCCAUACCCCACCCCGGCCAUGUCACCCCUGUGUAGCUUGCAGCUCGAUAAGAAGCUUCUUAACCUCACUCCGUAAACAAGGGACGUAACCUGGGCACCAGUCUCUUCCUAUCGCGUUUAGAUAGAUCCUGCCACCCUGAGGAGAAAUACACGCGAGGGUUCAGAAAAAACAAGCGCAAAUUUAUGAAUUGCAGAAUCAAGUUCCUUCGAGUUAAACAGAGAAAUGCCUUUUUAUCUACCCUAUCUAAAAAAAUUGUGUUUCUUUGCAUCCCAAAAAAUCAAAACUAUUUAUAAUUCUAUUAAUAUUACAAAAUAUUAUCUGUCUCCUAUCUUAAUCAUAAUUAAUGGGACGUUUUACAUAAAAGGUAUGAGUUUGGCAGUUUCAAGUUAAACAAUUGAAGGGCAUAUUUUAUAUUUUAAACCAAAUUUAUAAAUGAUUAGAAUUUUACAAUGACAAAAAUAUUGGGAUGAGCUGUGUAUAAGUGACUUUUCAGAAUAAUAGGGUUUUUGAUAAAAAACUUAAUUGGAAGUUUCAUCUUAAUGAAGUACCCAAAAAGCUUGAUAGAGCUUGUGGCUUUAUUUCUUAUGAUAAAAGCUUAUUCUGUCUAAAUGUGUUAGCUUGGUUAUAUGUUUCUUUGCUUACAUUUCCAAUAUGUUAUUGUGUGGAGUGACACUUUCAAAUCUUAUACAGAUUGCCUUGAACUCCAGAUUAGAGUUGUCAGAAUAAUCUCCUCUGAUAAUGAACAAUCUCCAUUCGCACUAAUCAUCGUAUUUACAAAUUUAAUCAUUAAAAACAAAUAAACUGGGCAAAGAAGUUUAGUCAUAGUAAAAAGGCCUGCUUUGUAGGAUAUGACUUGCUUUCACCAUGUUAGUUCACAUGAUAUUGAAAGGCUUUUGUACACAUUUUGCCUUUCUCAGAAAGUGCUCUGAAAUCAGUCUAGGGUAGGUUCAUGUCACCAGUAUCAGGUUCAUAAUUAGCACUGCAGCAUUAAAGUCAUGACUUGGCAUAUUUGGGUAUACCCUCUCAUAAUGGGUUUACCCUCCAAUGGCUCAAAUCCUUGGUCACAAAGAAGUGCUUUUCCAUUGCAUUUGAAUUGAUUGCAUUUGGACCAUAAAGUAGAGGUUGUGGAAGAAAUCAAACGAUAAUCACGCAUUGCCAAAAAGGAAUAGAUUGAAUGGAUUUUCGUUUCAAAUAGUGUAAUGCUAUUUGAAUUAAAUAUUAAUACAAAAAUGGGCUGGUACUAGAAUUUGCAAUAAACAAUCCAGCAAAAUUUAUUGCUGACACCAAAAACUGUGUAAAAAGAAAUCCUGGGCAAACUUUAAUUUUAGAAGGGUAAAGCAAGCCCUGCUCUAAGCCAGUGGGUCUUUUUAGGGGGGGGGGGCAGUUCUGUGAUGUUCUCAUAAAGAUAGACUCGAGACAUACAAAUCAACAACAUGGAUCAACUAAAAUGUUCUGACAAGAAAUGUGAUUUGGGAACUUCCAUAUCCACUGUAACUUUUGUCACUGUUCGAAGUGAUACUAAGCAAUAUACUACAAGUAAUUUACAGUAGUUGCACAGAUGAAUCAAUAUUAAAAUACAUGGUGUAUUUUAUGUAAUAGAUAUCUAAAGUUUUAAGACAUUUAAUGGCAGUUGUUUAGCAUUUUUUUAAAUUAAUUAGGCGAGUGAUCAUUCCUUAAACAUCUGGUCAAUUAGAUGCAGAUUACUUAAUGAUCAAAUCCAGAUCUUGGAGUUCGCAAUGUCGUAUAAUUUCCAAGAGUUCAAUUUUAGUUCUGUAAUAUUAUUCAUUGAAUGAGAACACAUCCUCUACCGUUGAUUGACAUGGGUUUCAUUAACAUGUGAAAACGUCUUUUUUCCCGAAUGAACACGUAUGGAACUUCAGAGAUAACUGUUAAACAAAUCGACCCAACUGUAGAUUGGUGGUUUUCAUCUGCAUGCACGUAAUGAUACGCCUCGUCACUUGUCAUCCUCAUGAUACGGCUUAGUAGCAUGUGCCUCACUUGUCAUCCUUUUACUUAACUAUAUAAAACACAUUGGAUCCAAGCUUUCCAAAAACUUCUGCUCAUUUCACUGAGUAUCUUGGGCAGUUAUCUGACAGUUUGGUUCCACAGGCCUAGUUUCCAGUCUGUUAAAUUGACGACAAACCAAAACUCAGUUUUGGGAUAGUUGGAGGGUCAUGGUAGCCAACUUUCUGAUAGAAGAUGGUACCUGAUGAUGAUAAAUUGACUAAGUUCUUUCGAAUGAGCUCAAAGUAUUUACAACAGAACGAAAAUGUGGCGCACUGAACCAGAAACUCUCUAUUAUUUUAUAUAAAGUGAGUCUGGUACCCAGGGUACAUUAAUUGCGUCAAUAUUCUCAGCACCCGUCAGGCAGUCAUCGACAUACAUAUUUUGUAAAACUUCCCUUGCAGCAUCUGGAAACUGUUCUUUGCAUCUUUCAGCAUGCUGUUACCGUACUUAUAGUUAAGAACGGACUGCAAUUCACUCCAAACGUAACUCUCUGCAUCCUGUACACUUUAGGCUCUUCAUUUAUCUUCAUGUGUCGCCACAGAUAGCGAUGAACAUCUCGAUCUUUCUCAACAAGCUCAAUCUGAAGAAACAUCUUCUUGAUACCUGUCAUAAGUGCUAUUGGAUGACGUCUGAAACGAAUGAGAACUGAUACUAAAUUCGGUUGUAAAGCAGGACCUUGUAGAAUGCAAUCGUUUAACGACGAUUCAUGUCCACUUUAAUGUUGCGAACAUGGAAUUUCUUCUCUUUAGGAACAACUUGAGCGAAGAAAGAAACUUCAAUUUCAUUCUCCAUUUGAAUAACAAAACUCUUCAUGAAUCCAAUCGUGUUAAGUACUAGAUAGAUAGAUCAUGUAAUAUAAAUGUACUCUAAGGUCCUUAAUAGAAGGGGGGGGACGCUUAUUAAUUUUUCGAGUUCAACUCUAAAACACCUGUACCAGAGUAUUUUUAACGCAUGACUUGCGUACGAUGGAGUAGUGCAACUGAUGUCCUAUCUGACCGGAUUCGUAUACUACAAAAACGGGCUAGACGAGCAAUCACUGCUUUAAAAUAUAACGAUCACGCAUCGCCGCAUUUCAGAGGCUUAAAAUCUUGAAGAUAGAUAACAUUCUCAGACUUCAACAAUUACUUUUUAUGCAUGACUUUGAAAAGAAUCGACUUCCAAGCGGAUUAAACUGGCUUUUUCAUAUACUUGAAAAUGUGCACAAUCGACUGACUAGUCUUUGAUCUGCUAGAGGACAUACACAAAAAUUCAACACAACUACUUAAGGGCUAAGCUCUCUGCGAUACACUGGUACUAAAGCAUGGUACUAUUACUCGCUAAACGAUUCUCUCUUCAAUAAUGUGACAAAUAAAAAACACUUUAAACGCUUAUUUUCCAAUCUGGCUUUUGAGUUUUGAUAUACAACUCUGAAUCACGGAAAUAAUUCUUUACUGUUGAAGCAGCAUCUUCUUUCCUUCUUUCCUUCAGGCCCGUGGACAGCUUAACUGGUUUUGGGGGCAUGGAUAGAAAUAUUGCUUUUUUUAUACCUGCCCUACGUAAUACUGUCAGAUCAAACUGCGCUUAUGCGAUCUUCAAACAUAAUUAUCGCAAAUUAUUGGGGGGCAUUGCCCCCCUCCCCAGUGUCUACGGGCCUGGUUAAAUUCAGCUAAUAAAACCUCGAUUAGCAGGUCUAAAUUGGCCGGGUGGGACCUAUAUAUCAGCUCUGCUAUAAGAUCCCUUCCCAACCACUUGGUUUAUUUAUAAACCAAUUUUAUUACGUGUUUAUUGCUCUUUCAUUCAUUGGUUUCAUUUUUUCCUUGAUUUACUAGUUUUAAUUAGUCUUACUUUCUCGUUGAUUUUAAUUCUUUGUAAUUCCUUGUUGGUUAAAAUGAGAAUUGUUGUCUUCCUA